ACCGGUUCUUUUGCGACAUCUGGAUACUCUGCGGUACACACUGGUUCUUUGAGAGGCACCAAUUCUUAUGAUGCUCAAGGUUCUACAAACUCUAGUUCUUCCGUAAGUUCUGAUAUUUCUACGGGUUAUGACAAAAGCCAAUUUGCUCAUAGUUUCUCUAAGGUUUUUGCUUUUGGAGACUCGUACACCGACACCGGAAAUGCCCAAUCAUUAGGCAGUAUGAAAAGCUUUAUGAGUGAAUUCUUAUCAGAAAUUGAUCAAGCCAUGCACUCAAACCUCGAGUUUACUGGUAGAUCAAGUAAUGGUCGCUUGGUUAUUGAUUUUCUUUGUGAUUCUCUCAACAUAUCUGUGUUGCCACCAUUUGAAGUUGCUUCCAAGAACCCUGCUAUCAAAGAAAACUGUGGCGUGAAUUUCGCAGUCGGAGGUUCAACGUCUCUUUCGAGUGACUUUUUUAGUGCUCACAAGGUCUCCAACAACUUUGUGUGGCAAGGCACUCCAUUAGGUUUCCAGACACAAAUAGAAUGGUUCAACCAGUUCUUCACAGAAAAAGCCUGCAAUGGGAAAAUCACAGAACAAUGCAAAGCACAAAUGGGAAACUACCUCAUUUGGCUUGGACAAAUUGGUGCAGAUGACUUCGCCCGUGUUAUCGGGUCUCCUGUUUCCUUGCGGUGGCUCACCGAUAUAACUCUCGACCAAAUCUCCAAAAUCCUCACGACGGUGUUGGAUAGUGGUGCGAAGUUCAUCGUGGUUCAAGGACUACCACCGGUGGGGUGUUGGCCAUUAGCCAAGUUAUUAGCUCCCCAUUUUGCCAAGGACAACAUGGGGUGUUCCGAGGUUAUCAAUAAAGCAAUAAUGGCUCACAAUGAUCUCUUACAGAAGACACUGGAAGAAUUCCAGAAAAUACAUCCCUCCGCCAUAAUCGCAUACGCCGACUAUUACAACGCGUUCAAGACAAUCAUGGGAAACCUCACUGGGUUUGGUUUUUCAAACGGAGUCGACACAUGCUGCGGCAUCGGGGGUGGACUCAACUUUAACUUGGACAUUCUAUGCGGCAUGCCUGGCACCAAGACUUGCAGCAACCCCAAUAAUUACAUUCAUUGGGAUGGAGUUCAUCUUACAGAAGCAAUGCAUAAACAAAUUACUCGUCUCUUCCUCCAGGACGGCUUCUGCAAACCACCUUUCGCCGACCUCGUCAACAAGCAUCGUAGCUUACUUCAAUCCUCUCAUCCAUAGGCUC